AAUCCCACUUCUGCAGGGAGAGAGGGAGGAGGGGGAAGAGAGGCGGCUCCAGAGAGGAAUCUGCAGGAGAGGAAGGAGCUCCCAGUCUCCUUUGAGGAAACAGCACUGUAUUUCACCAAGGAGUGAGAUCUCCUGGAUCAGGGCGAUAUGGCUCUCUGCAAAGAAGUCGGGGUGGAAGAUGAUGGAAACGUGGCCUCUCUGGCAGGUAAUGACCAGGAGAAGGAGAAUUCUGUAGAGCCAUCUACGGUGACAUGGGAAACAGCCAAACAUGACGUGAAGAAAAAGGAGUUUGUAAAUCAAAAGGGACUGAAAAGGCAAAAGAGAAAGCAAUCAAAGAAUGGGAAGAACUCAGCUGCUUCUCAGGAGGAUGAUUUUUGUGAACUCUUGAUCCCCCAGGAAAACUACAAAGAGAAAAGAAGGGUAAGCUGUUCUGUCUGUGGAAAAAUAUUUCAAUAUAAAUUUCACUUAGACAUACAUUGCAGAAUCCACACCAAAGAGAAACCAUACGAAUGCAUGGAGUGUGGAAAGUGCUUUAGACAGAAGACAUAUCUGCAUUCACAUCAAAGAAUACACACAGGGGAGAAACCAUAUAUGUGUGGGGAAUGUGGAAAGAGCUUCAGUGAUAGGGGAGCAUGUACUAGACAUCAAAGAAUCCACACAGGGGAGAAGCCGUAUCAGUGCAUGGAAUGCGGAAUGAGCUUCACUCAGAGUCCAAAUCUACAGAAACAUCAAAGGUGCCACACAGGGGAAAAACCAUAUAACUGUGUAGAAUGCGGAAAGACUUUCUCUCGUAGUGACACCUUAUAUUCACAUAAGAGAAUUCACACGGGGGAGAAACCACAUGAAUGCAAAGAAUGUGGAAAAAGCUUCAGGCAGAGUACAAAUCUGCGCUCACAUGAAAAAAUACACGCAUGGGAGAAACCAUAUAAAUGCAUAGAAUGUGGAAGGGCCUUCUCUCAUGGUAAGUCUUUACGUUCACAUCAAAGAAUCCACACAGGGGAGAAGCCAUAUCAAUCCAUUCAGUGUGGAAAUAGUCAAAGUUCCUAUCAAAGAACUGACACAAGGGAGAAACCAUGUACGUCAUGCAUGGAAUGUGGAAAGAGCUUCAGUCGGUGUGCAGAUCUACGUAGGCAUGAAAGAAUCCACACAGGGGAGAAACCAUAUAAAUGCAUGGAAUGUGGAAAGAGCUUCAGUGAUUGUGGAUCAUGUGCUAAACAUCUGGGAACCCACACAGGGGAGAAACCAUAUCAGUGCACGGAAUGUGGAAAGAGCUUUCGUCAGAGUGUAAGUCUACGCUCACAUCAAAGAACCCACACAGGGGAGAAGCCAUAUGAAUGCAUGGAAUGUGGAAAGAGCUUCAAUGAGAGUAGAAGUCUACGCUCACAUCAAAGAACCCACACAGGGGAGAAACCAUAUAAGUGCAUGGAAUGUGAAAAGAGCUUCAGUGAGAAUAGAAGUUUACGCCUUCAUCAAAGGACCCACACAGGGGAGAAGCCAUAUAAAUGCAUGGAAUGUGGAAAGAGAUUCACUGAUAAUGGAGGAUAUACUAGACAUCUAAGAAUCCACACAGGGGAGAAACCAUAUAAAUGUAUGGAAUGUGGAAAGAGUUUCAGUAAAGGGACUAGUCUGACUUUACAUCUAAGAACCCACACAGGGGAGAAACCAUAUAAAUGCUUGGAAUGUGGAAAGACCUUCUCUCAUAGUCAGUCUUUACGUUCACAUCAAAAAACCCACACAAGGGGGAAGUCCAUCAAAUGUGGAAAGUCCUUUUCUCAUAGUCAAAAGAAGCCAUAUAAAUGCAUGGAAUGUGGAAAGAGCUUCAGUCGGUGUGGAGAUCUACGUAGACAUCAGAGAACCCACACAGGGGAGAAACCAUAUCAGUGCAUGGAAUGUGGAAAGAGCUUCAGUCAGAGUGGACAUCGACGUUUACAUCAAAAAACCCACGUAAGAGACAAGCCAUAUGCACUUGGCUCUCCAUAGCCACGGAUUCCUUAUCUAUCCAUCCACGAUCUGAAAAAAAAAUUAAUGUAUAUCUAAAUUCCAAAAAGCAAACCUUUAUUUUGCCCCUUUUACUACUCUAUUGUAAAUAAUGAGACUUUCGUAUCCACAGGGGUCCUUGAACAGAUACCAAGGGCCCGUUGUAAAUACUUAGAAUGUGGAAAGAGCUUCAGUGAUAGCAGAGUAUUGAUUGAAUAUCAAGUAACUGACUCAGAAUGAUGUAUUGAUGCUAAUAUAAUGAAUGUAUUAAUGUUAUAAAUAAAACAUCAAAUGUAGAAUUGUACUUCAAUCCGAUAACUUUUGAAGAAGCAGAAUAUUUAUUCAGCUUCAUUACACUUCUGUUGCUUUAGGGAAAACCAGAUUUUAUGUUAGCUGGGAAUGUCUCCCAAGAGAGCACUGUACUGGAAUACCUUAGUUAACAAAGUCUCUCAUGUUGAAGCUUCUUUUUAUAGUCCAUCUACACCUACGUAGCCUCCAUUAUCCUUAUCCUGUCUAGCUGGACUUUUUGAAGUAGCAUUGCCAUUGGAAACAUGGCAAAGGAAGUCUGGGCUUGAAUGAAAAAGUCAUCACCGGCUGCAUUUUGGAAGAAUAUAGACCUUCCCUGAAGGGGCUGUUUUAUUUCACAUUUGUGUAUUUUGGUUAAAAAGUUUGUUGAAACAUGUGAAAUGUUCUUCCUUUUUGUGGGGCACAAACCUAUCCCUAUUCUUUCCAUGUUUUUUCUAUCCCUAAUACCAAAUUUUCUAUUAAAGAAGUAAUACCCAGGAACACAUCUACUUCAUGAGGUAUGCCAGUAUUUUUCUGAAUUUCACAGCGACAAAAAAAGUUUAGAGGAAAACAAAAUUCAGAGGUAUAGAAUUUCUUUAAUGUAUUUUGCUUCUUGAACAAAACAACACGUGAUUUUUUUGUUGUGCUUUUAAAGGGGAGAGUCAGACAAAUCACAUGGUAGAAUUGCAUCCCUAUAUCUAUAUGGGUCAGUUUCUAGAGGUGAUUAGUUGAACUGCAACUUGCCAGUCUCUGAGAGAGAAUUCAGGCUGCUUAAUGCUGAGUUUGAAGUGGAAAGCGUUUUUAAAAGGUCUUGCAUACAGAAAUAUAAAAUGUGUGGUUUGAUAUCCCAUUGUUUUCUGUAUAUUUUUGGACAUCCACACACAUACCCAUUCCCCCUAAUAGAUGUGGUUGGGAUUAAGUUUUUGUUUGUUUGUAGUGUAUUGAGAUUAUGUCAAGAGGAACAUAUGUCAGCUUCUGUAUCCAUAGACUGAGCUACCCAUGGCAUGAAAAUAUUCCCCUGCCCCCCAAAGCAAACCUUGAUUUUGUCAUUUUAUAUAGCGGACAACAGAGGUAUGAUAUAUGGUUUGAGCACUGGACUAUGACUCUAGAUAACAGGAUUCAAAUCCCCACUUGGCCACGAAAAGCACUAGGUGACCUUGGGCAAGUCACACUCUCUCACCCUCAGAGGAUGCUAAUGAUAAAUCCACACCGAAGAAACUUGCCAAGAAACCCCAAGCCUAUUGACAAAAUAGUAUUAGGAGGUGAAAAGGGAUUUAUUUAAAAAAUUAUAAAUUACUUUUAAUUGAUUUGCUGAAGGAAGAAACUGUUAAAGAAACAAUGGUAAAAUGGAUGCAAAACAUUGACAGAGUAAUACUAUUAGAAAUGUGGGAGCCGUCUUGGAAAUAUAAUCAGAAAUUUACCAGAUGUAAUACACUCAAAGAAAACUAUCUAAACAUCUUUCAUAGAUGGUAUUUAACACCUUGCAGACUAUCUAAAAUGGAAAAAAACCACAUUUGAAUCAUGUAUGGUGGCAAUGUCCAGAGGUUAAAAAAUAUUGGGUAAAUAUACAUAAAGUAAUGCAGGAAAUCUUAGAAAUAAAUAUCCCCCACUACCUGAAUUGUUUCUAUUAAAUAUUGUGAAUGUAAUUCAAAUUAACUUGACUCAUCAUUAGAUUAGGAUAAUAUUAUAUAUGAUCUCUGCGGCAAAAAAAUGGAAAUCAAAGACUAUACCCACAACAGAGGAAUGGGAAUUAAGAGUUUAUGAUUUAAUAACAAUGGACAAACUGACAAUGUACAUCGCAGGGAAAACAAACCAAGAUUUCGAAAACAAAUGGAGAAAAGUACAAACAUAUGAAAAUUAAAUGGGAAAAACACGAUGUAUAAAAGUCGAUACCUAACAAGGUAGUUAUACCUUAAACUAAGAAAUAUAACUAUUUGCUUUUGUGAAAAGCACAGAGAAUUGUGAAUAAGUGUGUAAUAGACAAUAGGUAAAUGGAUUAAGUAUACAAGCAAAAUGGAAUUAUUUAGGGGAAAGAAAAAUAUAAUUUAUAUCAUUGUUUUUCUAUCAGAGGCUUUCCAGGUUUUUUUUAAUAUACAAUACAUAUAUUAUUAUUGCUGUAUAAAUUUUUAUGUAUACAUUCUAAUAAAAAUUAAUUUAAAAAAAGAGGAGAGUGACUAAACGAGUGAAAGGUCUGGAAACCAUGCCCUAUGAGGAGAGACUUAGGGAGCAGGGCAUGGUUAGCCCGGAGAAGAUAGGGUUAAGAGGUUGCAUGAUAGCCAUGUUUAAAUAUCUGAAGUCAUACUGCAAAUGGAGUAAAUUUGUUUUCUGCAGCUCCCCACCUGCUUUGCUAGCAUCUCUUUGAAAUUUGGAGAAAUUAUAAUAAAAGGAGGCCUGCGAGAGGAGAUUAACUGCGGGGAUCUUUUCACCUAUGUAUACCAGUACUAACUGCAGAGAGUGCUCCAGUUUCAGUAAAGUGUGUUGUUCUAUUUAGAAAUAUGCAAAGGUGCACACAGACAUACAAGAACUGAGGUAUUCUUAAAAAUCAUACAACUCUAUUGAAAGAAAGAUGUGGAAGGUUGGAUAGGGAGAAGUACGGGGUUAAAGAGGGCAGUAGUUACUGGUCCUGAAAAGAGGCCCAUGGAGAACAUAGAGUAUCUAAGCUCGCAUCUAAGGGUUACACAGAGAGAGGACUUGUCUGUGAUCAUUGUGGCUAGGGCUGGGGCAUCAAAAUAUGGCAGCCAGGUUGGUUGUAGGUAAAUCUAAAUACAACCCUAUUACACCUAUCUUAAAAUCUCUACAUUGGCUGCCUAUUAGCUUCCGGGCUCAGUACAAGGUGUCGGUUAUUACCUAUAAAGUCCUACAUGGCCUGGGGCCAGACUACUUGAGGGAAUGCCUGCCCCCAUACAAUCCUUCCCACACACUCAGGUCCUCUACUACAACAGAAGAAAGCCAGGCUGGUGGCAACUUCCCAGAGGACUUUUCCAGCCGCCGCUCCGAAAAUGUGGAACGACCUACCGGAGGAGGUCUGCCAAAUUACAUCUUUAGAGGCCUUUAAAAAGGUAAUAAAGACAGGAUUAAACACACCCCAGAAAAGAAGGAGAGUUUUUCUUUUUUUAGAAAAAAACAAAGCAGACGUGGUUUGUCUACAAGAAUCUCGUAUUAGGAAUAAAGAUAAAAGACUAGUUAAGAACAAAAAAUUAGGGAAAGAAUAUAUCUCCGCUAUUGACAAGAGUAAAAGAGAGGUGAUUAUUUAUGUGAGAGAACACAUUGAAUCUAAAGAAAUUUAAGGAUCAAAACGGCCAUUAUUUGGGUGUUGAAAUCAUCUGGAAAGGUAAAAAAUGCUUAAUACUAGGCAUAUAUGGGCCCCUAGAAAAUAAAAAUGCUUUCUACCUUAAGAUCCAAGAAAAAUUGGCAAAUUAUGAAUAUGAAAAUAUUAUAAUUCUAGGGGAUUUUAACAGUGUAAUUCAACCCAAUCUUGAUAAAUUCUCAGAGAAAAAAAUAAAGGAAACACAAGGUAAAUUACCUAAACAAUUCUUUGAACUCAUGGAUAAUUAUGGCUUGAUAGAAGUCUGGAGACACUUAUACCAGAAAGAUAGAGGGUAUACAUUCCACUCGGAAAUCCAUGAGCCUUUUUCCAGAAUUGAUAUGUUUUUGAUAUCACAAAGUCUAAUUAGAGAUGUAAAAGUAAUGUCAAUUCUUAAUAGAGAAAUUUCGGACCACAACCCGGUAAUUCUGAUUUUGCAACGAAAGAUAGAGAUUAAGGAAGGAAAGUCAGAACUAGGGAAAUUAAUGUUGGAUAAUCCGGACAAUUUGAUCAGGAAAAUAUACAAAUUAUUAUUGAAAUAUGAAAUGGAGGAAGAAGUGGUUAAAGAGCAUAUGAUUAAGUGGGCAAAGAACAUAGGCCACCCCAUAGAAUUAUCACAAUGGGAGAAAAAAUUCACAGUUUCUCAAGGACUGCGUGAGAAUUUUUACAAGAUGUUUUACCAUUGGUACUUAUCACCGGAAAAAAUAGCAAAAAUUUAUAAACUAAAUAAUAAUAAUAAGUGUUGGAAAUGUAAAAAAGAAAUUGGAACCUUUUACCAUCUUUGGUGGACUUGUAAAAAAGCUAGAAACUACUGGAGAGAGAUAAAUGGGCAAAUCAGCGAAAUUUUAGGGAAAUCAAUAAACUUAACUCCAGAAUUAUACCUGUUAGGUAUCUUUGAUAAUAAAAUGAUAGGGAAAGAUGAAAAGAUUUUGUUUUACAUGGUAACCAUAGCACGUAUCUGUUAUGCCCAGAAAUGGAAGAAUGAGACCUGUCCAACAAUGGAAGAUUGGAUGCUCAAACUAUACGAAGCAAUAGCAAUGGAUAAGUUGACUUUAGCCUUGAGAGAUGGACAAGGAAAUCAAAUAAAUGAGGAAUGGAAUAAGGUUAUAAAAUUUUUGGAACAAAAAUGGGGUUGAACCGCGACUGUCUUUAUAACCUGAAAUUAGAAUCAGGGAUGAAAUAUAAGAUUAGCAGAAUGAAUUAUACAUAUGUAUCCUUUACGGUUCUAUUAACAUUUAUGGAUGUUGUUUAUGAUAUGUAUAUAGAAUAAGGAAUGUAGGAUCCACUUUAAAGAGAUAAAGGAUCAGAAAGUCAAAACAUACACUAAUGGAUCAAGAUUGGUAUAGGAAGUCACUAUUUGUUUGUAUGAGAAGCUACUAGUGAAUUGAAGAAAAUAAUAAAUAACCUACGAAGAGUUUAAAAGACUAGAAUAGAAGAAUGUAGAUUAAGAUAAGGGGAAGAUAAAGUAAGUGAAGAGGAAGGUAAGAGUAGGUAGAGUUUUGGAUAAGAGAAGGAGAUAGGAGAGAGAAGCGAUAGAGGAAGGAAAGUGGAAAGGGAGAGUUUAAGAUAAGAUGAGAUGGUUAAGAUAGGAUAUAGAGAAUAGAGAGAGAAGUAACGAAUAAACUCUUGUAACAGAGCAAUAAGACUAGAGCUUAAUGUAUAGUUAAUAAUUAUAUGUUUAUUUUUGUAUGUCUUGUUUGUAUUAUUAUUGUUUUUAUUUUUGUUUGUCUGUUUUGUUUUGAUUCCUUUUGUAUUUGU